AUGCCGUUUGGGGUGACAAAUGCUCCUGCGAUCUUCAUGGAUUACAUGAACAAAAUUUUCCAGCCGUACUUGGAUCAGUUUGUCGUUGUGUUUAUUGACGACAUACUCAUAUAUUCUGAGAGCCGGGAGGAACACGUAGAGCACCUGAGAGUGGUGCUGGAAAUUCUCAUAGAACAUCAACUGUAUAGGAAAUUGUCGAAGUGUGAAUUUUGGCUGGAGGAGGUACAGUUCUUGGGUCAUGUAAUAUCAGUCCAGGGGAUAGCAGUGGAUCCGACCAAGAUUGAAACGAUGGUGAAAUGGGAGAGACCGCAGACCAUUACAAAGGUGAUGAGCUUCUUGGGUCUGGCAGGCUACUACAUGAGAUUUGUGGAGGGUUUCUCCAAGAGGGUGAACCCAUUAACUCAGCUCACUAGAAAGGAUCAUCUUUUCGCUUGGACAGAUGAAUGUGAAGCUUGUUUUGAGGACAUGAAGAGAAGGUUGACAACUGCACCGGUGUUAGUUAUCCAGAUCCGACUAAGAUGUUUGAGGUAUAUUUUGAUGCCUCAUAUUUGGGCUGGGUUGCGUGCUAAUGCAAGAGAAACGACUAGUCGCAUAUGCAUCUCGUAA